UCCAGGCUACCCGAGAUCUCAAUAAUGCACUAGGCAAAUGUCUUGGUAUAUAGAGGAACAGGAGCCAGUCUACCUUGACUAUAAUGCGACGACUCCGCUGGAUCCGUCAGUAAAAGCUGCAGUUACAGCAGGCCUCGAGUUAUGGGCAAAUCCAGCUAGCGGGAAUCCUAUAGCAUUGAAAGCUAAGGAGGAAAUCGACAAAGCGAGAAAUUCGCUUGCUGCAUUGCUACAUGUCUCAGCUGAUGAAGUGAUCUUUACAUCAGGUGGAACUGAAGGGAACAACUGGGUGAUCCAUUCGGCUGUUGAGAGGUUCAAAGCAGAACAUCCGGGCGAAAAGCCCCAUAUCAUCUGCUCUGCGAUCGAACAUCCGUCCAUCCUUGAACCAUUGCACCAUUUGCAAGAUAAUGGAGAAAUAGAGAUGUCUAUUCUCCCGAUAGAUCAGAAGACUGGACAAAUAACGCCAUCCGAUGCUCUUCAACUAGUGACUCCAUCGACAUGUCUGGUGACUGUGAUGCUAGCAAAUAACGAGACUGGCGUAAUACAGCCAAUUGCUGAUCUUAGCGAUGCUGUCCGGAAAGCUUCAAGCAAGCACGGUACAACUGUCUUCCUCCACUCGGAUGCUACCCAAGCAAUUGGCAAGAUAGACGUAAAUCUCGCGGAAUUGAAAGUGGAUGCAAUUACCGUAGCUGGACACAAGUUCUACGGGCCCCGAAAUGGCGCAUUGGUUCUGCGGUCAAAGUAUACUACCAAUAUCGUGCCUAUGUUACACGGAGGAGGGCAGGAAAGGAAGCUCAGAUCUGGUACUGAAAAUACUCCUAUGAUUAUGGGCCUAGGAGCCGCUGCUGCUGUAUGCAAUCUACCCAAAACAGAAACACAUCUUCGAGCUGUUCGAGACUACUUUGAAAAGCAGCUGAAGGAAGCCAUUCCCGAUGAAAAUAUCAUCCAUUUUGCCUCUUCCCCGCGGCUACCAAACACCAGCUCGGUGGCUUUUGUGAAAUACCCGAAGACUUCGUCGGAUCUUAUGAGCAAAUGCAAGUCGUUUUACGCAAGUAGUGGAUCGGCUUGCCAUUCGGGUGCAGUCAGUCCCGUAUUGUUAACUUGCGGAAUUACUAAAGAGAUGGCCGAAAGAACGAUACGAUUCAGUUUUGGCAGAGAAACAACUAAUGAGGAUGUGGAUCGAGUGGUGAAAGAACUGAAGGCAAUGAUGUUUUUGGCAAAACAUGGAAGUUCACUGAUGAAUGUCAUUAACGCGGGUCCCGUUCCGGGAUUUUGACCAAGUCAAUAUUUAUUUUUCUUUUCUAAUAAAAGUUCAUU